AUGUCCUCCUCCUAUGCCAAGAACGGGAGCGCCGACCGGCCGCACUCCCCAACCUCGCAGGUGGCCCGAGGCACCACGACCCGGAGGAGCAGGUUGAAAAGAUCCGAUGGCAGCACCACUUCAACCAGCUUCAUCCUCAGACAGGGUUCAGCGGACUCCUACACGAGCAGGCCGUCUGACUCCGAUGUCUCUUUGGAAGAGGAUCGGGAAGCGAUUCGGCAGGAGAGGGAGCAGCAGGCGGCCAUCCAGCUUGAGAGAGCAAAGUCUAAACCCGUAGCAUUUGCUGUGAAGACGAAUGUGAGCUACUGUGGUGCCUUGGACGAGGAUGUGCCUGUUCCAAGCACAGCCAUCUCCUUUGAUGCGAAGGACUUUCUACACAUAAAAGAGAAAUACAACAAUGAUUGGUGGAUAGGAAGGCUGGUGAAAGAAGGCUGUGAGAUUGGCUUCAUCCCAAGUCCGCUGAGACUGGAGAACAUACGGAUUCAGCAGGAACAGAAAAGAGGCCGUUUUCACGGAGGGAAAUCCAGUGGAAAUUCUUCUUCAAGUCUUGGAGAAAUGGUAUCAGGGACAUUUCGAGCAACUCCCACAUCAACAGCAAAACAGAAGCAAAAAGUGACGGAGCACAUCCCCCCCUACGACGUGGUGCCAUCCAUGCGUCCGGUGGUGCUGGUGGGGCCAUCGCUGAAGGGUUAUGAGGUCACAGACAUGAUGCAGAAAGCCCUCUUUGAUUUCCUGAAGCACAGGUUUGAUGGGAGGAUAUCAAUAACAAGAGUGACAGCUGACAUUUCUCUUGCUAAGAGGUCUGUGCUAAAUAAUCCCAGCAAGAGAGCAAUAAUUGAACGUUCGAACACUCGGUCCAGCUUAGCGGAAGUGCAAAGUGAAAUUGAAAGGAUCUUUGAGUUGGCAAGAUCUUUGCAACUGGUUGUUCUUGAUGCAGACACCAUCAAUCACCCAGCACAACUUAUAAAGACCUCCUUAGCACCAAUUAUUGUUCAUGUAAAAGUCUCAUCUCCAAAGGUUUUACAGCGGUUGAUUAAAUCUAGAGGAAAGUCUCAAAGUAAACACUUAAAUGUUCAACUGGUAGCGGCUGAUAAACUUGCACAGUGCCCCCCUGAAAUGUUCGAUGUCAUACUAGAUGAGAAUCAGUUGGAGGAUGCGUGUGAACACCUGGGAGAGUACCUUGAGGCCUACUGGCGUGCCACCCACACGACCGGUAGCACCCCCAUGACCCCACUGCUUGGAAGGAACCUGGGCUCAACAGCACUCUCGCCAUAUCCCACAGCAAUUUCUGGGUUACAGAGUCAGCGUCUGAGGCACAGCAACCACUCCACAGAGAACUCUCCAGUUGAAAGACGAAGUCUAAUGACCUCUGAUGAAAAUUAUCACAAUGAAAGGGCUCGGAAGAGUAGGAACCGCUUGUCUUCCAGUUCCCAGCAUAGCCGAGAUCAUUACCCUCUGGUGGAAGAAGAUUAUCCUGACUCAUACCAGGACACUUACAAACCUCACAGGAACCGAGGAUCUCCUGGGGGAUAUAGCCAUGAUUCUCGACAUAGGCUUUGA